AUGGGUGGCUCCAGCAAGACCAAUGCCUCGAUUCAGGCCUAUCUCACUCCAUCAACAUCCCCCAUCAAAGGCAAUGGCACCACACCAGAUCAGCAGUCUCACAUUGGUGAUGGUUUCACCAAUGAAGAGAUUCGGGAAGCGCUGAACCCUGCCCCGGUCGACUCAUGGCACCCCACCGUUGAAUAUGCGGACUGCGAAAUCAGCGACUUGUACGCCGGCCCGCGAGCAGUAACCUUCAUGGGUCGUGUCGCCAACAUCUUUGACUGCUCGAACACGCCAAAGACACCACGCUCGGCGAAAGGUUGUCUCAAACUGUGUGUCAAAGAUGGCGGCGCCGCAAUCACAAUUCGACUCUGGUUUGCAACUCAAGCCCCGCGGAUACAACUAGGCAGCUUGGUGUCGAUCUGGACAAACCACGUGAGCAAUGGAGAGAACGGUAAUCUUGCCAGCAUGACUGCUCCACUGUUCUCCUCCUUGUUUCCCGAGCGAGACCGCAACUGCCAUUUCAUGAUACACGAAAACAGCGACGACGGCCGCUACCGCACCCCACUCGGCUACAGACAAGGCGUGCCACUGAACGGCCUCAUGACCUUACAGAACUUCAUUGACGGCGGCUACGAUGUGGCGGAUGCAAAGAUCCUGGUGGUUGUGAAGAGCAUCGGAGCUAGGAAGAAGAUCACUCGCAAAGAUGAGAGCACGACGGACAACAUGAACCUUCAAGUCCACGACGACACCGCCGAGGCGACUCUUGGGCUCUGGGGCACAGCUGGUGAGACUGUGCUUCUAAUCCAGUCUCCAGGCUGGAAGUUCGGUCGUUCGACUUACCUCAGCUUCACCUCUUCCACCAUCGUUGACGUCGACCCAUACAUCCCAGACGCAGACUGGCUUCGACGCUGGUCAAUUCGGCAGAAGGUUAGGGAAGCGAUCAACCCACCCUUCCCAGAAAACGUAUUCGAGCCGGAGAUUGUGAAGACAGGACCCAUCCGCUGCCUGUUCAGCAUCGCUGACCUAGACGAGUUUGCCCGAUGCGCACCUGGCGAGAUCUUUCAAGGCUACAUGAGUGUCUUGAUCAUGGAGAUGAAGCUGCUCGAAUGCUGGAAACGCAACAUGCUCCUGUCGGGCGAAUGCUGCAGCAUUCCAAUACACGUCAACGCCAUGUCUGCCACCUGCAAAGGCUGCGAGAAGGAGGUGGAUCUUCGGCUGAGUCCGCGCAUCAUGGGGCAAGUCAUCGAUGAGACGGCGACUAUUGCGGGUGGGAAACUGCUCUUCUCGGACGGAGCGUGGAGAGAUCUGCUCGGCAGAGGGCCCGAGGACCUAUUGAAGCUGAGCAACGAGGAAAUCAAGUACUUGUCGGAUCGUCUGCUCUUCAGCAGGGUUACGCUGUCGUUCGGGUGGACCGGUGAUGAAAGCAAGGCUGGAGGACGAAUCUGCAUCUUCGGCGUGCGGAGCUGA